AUGUAUCAUACUCAGAUUGAAGAUGACCCAUUUGGGAUCAAAUGGGACCAGAAUAUCCAGAUUGAGUCUUUUGAGCAAAAACUGCUGGAAGAUAAGCCGAAAGACCACUCAUAUUACGAAUGCACUCUGAAAUGCAGUGUAAAUAAUAAUGAAUACAAAUGACCAAUUACGUUUUCCAUUACAGAUGCCAGAAAUUUAUAUGAAGAGCUUAAACCAAAAAUUAAAGAUCCAGAUAUAAAUUUACCAAAAAUCCCAACCAAAGCAGAUUUUAAAUCUUUAAAUAUCCGAGACCGUUUGGAUUUUCUCCACUCUUUCCUUCAAAGCGCCAUUUUAAACUAUUUCUCAACAGCUGAAGUUCGAAAAGUCCUUGAAAUUUCCCCAAAAUCUUUUUCUUCCCAUAUCAAGCUUAAAGAAGGUUAUAUCAAUAAAGAGAGACGAGACCGUAAAAUGAGUCAUGCCUAUAUAACAGAUUACAUAAAAAGAACUUAUGAGUUAAGGUGGCUAAGGCUCAGAGAAAAUGGCUUGGAAUUUUUAAUUGACCAAGUUUCUGAAAAAAUGAAUGAGUCUAUGUUUUUUACCCGAGAUUUUUCAGUCAAACCAUAUGGGUGCACAAAGCUAAAAAUCACUUCUGAUGAGUAUGAUUUAAUAAUUGAUAUAAACAGUAAGAAAAAGAGGCAGCUUUGGCUUGACUCAAUAAUCCAAGCUCUAGGCCGCUGUGAUCAGUAUAAUUUUGUCCCAAGAUUUGGGUCUUCAUUUCCAGUCCGCCAUGGAAACCGUGUCAAAGCUUAUAUAGAUGGCGAAAAUUACUAUUCCGACGUAUAUGACAGCUUAAUUUCUGCAAGAGACAUUAUUUGUAUCGCAGACUGAUGGAUGUGUCCUCAGCUUUAUUUAAAGCGCCCACCUACUCAAAAUGAAGACUCAAGGCUUGACAGAGUCUUAGUCUCCGCCUCUCAAAGAGGCGUAAAAGUUUAUAUCAUAGUAUACCUUGAAAGCAAGCUUGGAGGCACCAAUAAUUCUUUAUAUGUAGAAAGUACAUUUGCCAAAUAUUCAAAUAUAAAGGUUAUUAGACAUCCAUUUAACCCCCGACUUCCUCAUGCCCAAGAUCUAUGGUUUUGGUCACAUCAUGAAAAAAUGGUGAUUAUUGAUAAUGCCAUGGUAUUUAUGGGAGGCUUAGAUUUGUGCCUGGGAAGAUGGGACACACAAGAACAUAAGCUUAGAGAUGACGGAAAUGUAAAAAUAUGGAACGGAAUGGAUUAUUCCAAUGUGAGGGUCAAGGAUUUUGUAGAAACUGAUAAUUAUUUAGUAGGAAUUAAAAUAUGGCGUCUUCGUCUGGGCAUGGCCUCCCGGCCAUGCAGCCUCGACACAUAUUUUAAUUAUAUCCAGCAAGUUUUUACCAAUCCAGAAAUGGGCAGCAAUGCUAGGUAAGCAAUUCUGGUAAUGUACAGAGCCUAGCCCUCAGUCCAAUUUCAGGGUUGGGUUUUACCUCGAAGGAAAGGAGGGUUUGGAUUUGGAAAGGGCAAGCCCAGCUAAGUCUGCAGGUAAUACCCAGACCAAUCGGGUAACUGCCUAGCGUGAAAACCGGGCGUUACGUCCCGGGAUCCAGACUUUUCCUUUUUGCCGAGAGGUCGAGCAGAAAUUCCAUUUUUUGGAAAUUUUGUUUGGCCAACCUCGUGACCCAUGCAGCAGCCACAGAAUGCCAUAGUCCGCCCACUCAACACUGGACCCGGAAGGGAAGGAGGAGACGUCCGAAGCAGAACCCCACACUUCAGAAGUGUCAUGGCAUCAGGCGUUGAAGGAGAAGAAAGGCAGUGUCAGAGCUGAAACACUUGCCCGGCGAAUCAUUGUCCCAAUUCAAGCAAGGCGAAGCUGAUGAACCACCCGUAUGGGUAGGUCCUUGGUGACUGCGUAAUCAAUAUGGCAGACGCCUCCCUGUAAUAAUGUUAAUGUUAAUGAUAAUUAUUUAGUAGACUCAGUUAAUAGAAGAAAUGUUCCAAGGAUGCCUUGGCAUGAUGUAGCGAUACAGAUUAAAGGAAAUGUGGUAUAUGACCUGUCAGCUCAUUUUAGGGCUAGGUGGAAUUUUAUGGUAAAAGACACUUUGUCACAAACUGAAAGUUUGCCUAUAGCUGAUAUACUUUUUUAUGUAUAAUUCUCUAUUGUUAUUUUUAAGCAUUUUUUAAAAUAAUUAGGGCAAUUAGCUAUAUCCCAGUUUUGCAUUUGGAUUAUGAUAUUCUUGACCCAAGCCAUGAUGACCACCAGCAACUUAAAGAAAUAAUCCAAGAAACUUUUAGUGACAUUAAUGAUCCUCAUUUGCUAUAUACAGACAUUCUGACCACAGAAGAAGACAUCUAUGAAUGUCAACUUGUUAUAAGUGCUUCAGCAUGAAGCUUAGGAAGGACUCAAACUGAGCACUCUAUACAAAAUGCCUAUAUAGAGCUAAUUCAACAGUCUGAUCAUUUUAUUUAUAUAGAAAACCAAUACUUUAUCUCGUCAACUGCUUCUUCUUAUGUAGAAAACCAAAUAACUAACGCUUUAACAGACCGUAUUAUAAAAGCUGCUUCAGAAAAUUCUCCUUUUAAAGUCAUAAUUUUGCUUCCUUUAAUUCCUGCUUAUGAAGGAGAGCUUAACAUUUAUAAUUUUGCGACGACUGCAAUAAAAGAAAUAAUGAGCUGGCAAUAUAAAACAAUUUCUAGGUCUCCAAGCUCCAUUUUUAGCAAACUAAAAGAAAGAGGAAUAGACCCAAGCCAUUACAUUAAUUUUUAUUCACUAAGAACUCAUGGAAUCCUCAAUGAUGGCCCUGUCACUGAGCAAGUAUAUAUGCUUACGAUAAUUAGCUCAUUUUGAUAAGCCAAAUAAUUUUUAAGCGUCUGAAUAACCAAAAAAAUGAUCCUUAAGCUAUUUAUCAUAAGCUAGUAUAUAUAUUCAUGCAAAAAUAAUGAUUGUGGACGAUAAAAAUGUGAUUAUAGGAAGCGCCAAUUUAAAUGAUAGAAGCAUGAAUGGGGAUAGGGACUCAGAGGUUGCAGUUGUGGUAAAAGAGGGAAAAAUGCAAAAAGGAAAAAUGGCUGGUGAAAGCUGUGAGGUGUCUGAAUUUGCACACAAGUUGAGGGUAGACUUGUGCAUGGAGCAUUUGGGGAUUGAGGAGAUUUCUGUUGUGGAGGAUCCAUUUGAGGCAGAGUUUUGUGAGUUGUGGGAAAAUACUGCGAGGAUCAAUACUGAGCAAUAUAGGAAAGUAUUUAGGUGCUAUCCAGAUAACGAAAUCAACUUAUUGUCAAGAAUUCAGAGUUUCAGGGAGCAGAAAGAAAUAAAUGCAUACUCAGAGCUUUCAAGAACUGUUAAAGGGCAUCUUGUGCAAUUUCCAUUAGAAUUUUUGUCUGAAGAAAAACUUAAGAAGACUGAUUAUUUGCCAAACAUUGUUCUAAAAGAUGAACUUUAUACUUAA